AUGGCCUUCACUCCUCGCGGUGGUCGUGGCGGUGGCGGUGGUCGUGGUGCGCCCAGAGGCGGCGGCCGCGGUGGUCGUGGCGGCUUCGGUGGUGGUGACCGUGGCGGUUUCGGCGGUAGGGGCGGUGGCCGUGGCGGCCGCGGUGGUGCCCCGAGGGGUCGUGGUGCUCCCCGCGGUGGUGCUCCCCGCGGAGGCCGUGGUGGUGGCAGGGGCGGCAGGCCCGGUGCGGCUGGCGGUGCCAAGGUCAUCAUCGAGCCCCACAGGCACGCCGGUGUCUUCGUUGCUCGCGGCAAGGAGGAUCUUUUGGUCACCAAGAACCUGACGCCUGGCGAGAGCGUCUAUGGCGAGAAGCGCAUUCAGGUCCCCAACGCCGGCGCUGCCGCUCCCACCGAGGACGGCGAGCCCGCCCCCGCUACCACUACCGAGUACCGUGUCUGGAACCCCUUCCGUUCGAAGUUGGCUGCCGGUAUCCUUGGUGGCAUGGAGAACAUCUACAUGAAGCCUGGUAGCAAGGUUCUCUACCUCGGUGCCGCCUCCGGUACCUCCGUUUCUCACGUCGCUGAUAUCGUUGGCCCUACCGGCACUGUCUACGCCGUCGAGUUCUCCCACCGUUCGGGUCGUGACCUUGUCAACAUGGCCACCCACCGCACCAACGUCAUCCCCAUUGUCGAGGACGCCCGUCACCCGCUCAAGUACCGCAUGCUUGUCUCGAUGGUUGACUGCAUCUUUGCCGAUGUUGCCCAGCCCGACCAGGCCCGUAUUGUCGGCAUGAACGCCCACCUGUUCCUCAAGAACGGCGGUGGUGUUGUCAUCUCGGUCAAGGCCAACUGUAUCGAUUCCACGGCCGCUCCCGAGGCCGUCUUCGCCCGUGAGGUGCAGAAGAUGCGUGAGGAGAGGAUGAAGCCCAAGGAGCAGCUCACCCUCGAGCCUUUCGAGAGAGACCACGCCAUGGUCUGCGCUGUCUACGCGCGCAGUGACUAA